AUGGCGUCGACAAACUUUCUUGGGACCUUGGCGAGAGCAGAUGGACUUCCGUACGGUAGAGAUUUCGAUACGCAUCAACCAACCGACAAAUCCGGUUACUCCGAUGAAGAGGAGAUUGAAGGAGAUGCAGGAAGAACCUGCUGCACUGCGGGAGAUGAAAGCAAAAGUCGAAAAAUAAAUGGGAGAUGUUCAAGAGGCGGAAGAGAUGCGUGCAUACAAGGAGAACACCAGCAAAUUGAUCUCUCACGUUGGUUUUCAGGAACCUAUGGCUCCGGAGAAAUUUCUUUACCAGGUGGUAAAGCAGAAGAGAAUGAUAAGGAUGAUGGGAUUACUGCAACUAGAGAGGCAGAGGAAGAGAUUGGUUUAGACCCUUCGCUUGUUGAUGUUGUUGCUUUCCUCGAACCAUUCCUGUCUCAGCAUCUGCUUAGAGUAAUUCCUGUAAUAGGAAUAUUGUGGGACAGAAAAGCAUUCAAUCCAACGCCAAGUCCUGCAGAGUGUACCAUAACAGCUGAUAAGGGAAACCCUUUUGGACUUGGAAGACUUAGAGAGACUGUCAACAACAGGAAGAGAAAAGAAAGUUGUGCAAGCUCUUCAUCAUCCUUGUCAGAGAUGCAAGAACAGUUUCAGGCUGCUCGUCGAAAGUUAGCUGAGCAAGACUUAAUCAAUUCUCAACGUGAGGCGGAGCAACGCAUAGCUCAAAGUAGGUUCUCAAGCUUGGAGAUGAUUGUCUCAUACUUGAAGACCAAUGAUCCCCAAUUUGCAGACUUUUUGGCGCGUCAACCACCAAUCAUCCCACCUGAAACUGACCAGCCACUAGACAAGGCACUGUACCAGCCACUGGACAGGGCACUGCACCAGCCACUGCACAAGGCUCUGCACCAGCCACUGCACAAGGCUCUGCACCAGCCAAAGGAUAUCCCUUGUUGUUCUUCUCUUUCUUUUGUGCAGCCUGGUAAUUAAGUAGUUCAUAUUUGC